GCGCUAAUACUUGUUGUCUCUCUCAUCAUAUGUUACGUUAGAAAGAAACGACGAUCAAGGGCAGCAAGUCAAGAAUCAAAAUAUUCAUACAUAUUUGCUAAAAUAACUUUCUAAAUUUGACCACUUCUCUAGGGAUGAUGUCUUGGUAAAAUCAGAACCAACUGUGUAUGCAAUGCCAAUGAAGAAGCGAGCGUUGGUAUCGCCUUUCAUUAAAGAGUUUGCAACUGUAACAGCAAAAGAGCAGCCAUCAAUAAUCCUAGCAAACAAGCAUGCAUUAGACUCUUCGCAAAACUUACGCAACUGAAUGUCCUCUUUACUCGAAUAUGUCUUAAGCUGAGACCAACAUGGCCUCUCAGGGCGUCAAGCUUAACGAGUCUGAGUUACUUUGCGAGGAAGAUGCACAAGCAAUGUAUGCCAAACCAGUGAAGAGUAUAACGGUAAAUUCAACGCCCGAUAUCAAGUACGACAAUACGUUAACAGUUACGCAGAAAUCGAGCCAAGAAGGCUACAACGUGGCAGCUCGUCACAUUACUCAUUCAACUGCUCGUUUUCCAAAUACGAGGCACAUCAACAACGCCGCAAUGUCGUCGAGUUUGCAGUAUGCUCAGUUGCAGUUUGGAAACAACCCGGUGGGCAUUGCAGUUCCAUCUUCUACUGCUGUCACGUGUGCUAGCAUAAAACGUAACUAUGAAUUUACCUUGGCUAAGACAUUUAGCUAACAAGACUUAUGAGUCGGUUCUUCAACGAUUAUGCAAAAUUUGCGUAAUUUUGGAAUACAAGUAACAUUUGGUGC